CUCCAAUUCAUCAAGAAUAUAUGCUAUGAUCAUCUCCCGUGGCAAAUAUUUCAAGAAACUCAUCUGUUUGAUAUGUAUAUGGACCCUGGCCACCUUCUUAUCAGCGAAGGAGUACUUGAUACUGGUGGUGGUGCUGCUGCUGACAGAUUUCCGCAAUGGAGUGUACAAGAAACAAGGGAGUUAUUGAUGGUUAGGGCAGAACUGGACUCAAAGUUCAUGGAGACAAAGCGUAACAAGCUUCUAUGGGAAGUUAUCUCUACAAAGAUGAAGGAGAGGGGUUAUAAUCGCAGUGGCGAGCAAUGUAAAAGCAAGUGGAAGAAUCUUGUUACCCGUUACAAGGGAUAUGAGACGAUGGAACAAGAAGGUACGAGGCAACAGUUCCCAUUCUACGAUGAGUUACAAACGAUCUUCGCAAAUCGCAUGCAAAGGCUACUCUGGAUGGAAGCAGAAGGUGUUGCAAGUGGAUCCAGGAAAAGAGAGAUGAAGUUUGCUUCGGACAAUGAUGACAGUGAUAUGGAGAAGGCAAGUGGAAGUAAGAUCACAAAGAAGAAGAAGGGUAUAGUGAGUAGUAGCCAAUGUAACCCUGAAGAUACAAGCUGCAGCAACGUGAUUAGUAACUUAAAGGAGAUAUUCGAAGAGUAUAUGAAACAUGAAAUGCAAUGGAUGGAAUGGUAUAAGGCAAAAGAAGAAGAGAGGAGGAUGAAGGAGCUGGAGUGGAGGCAGACAAUGGAAGCAUUAGGCAAGGAGAGAACAAUGUUGUAUGAGAGAUGGAGGGAAAGAGAAGAGCAAAGAAGCAUGAGAGAGGAAGAUAGAGCGCAGAAGCGAGAUGCUCUUGUAACUGCACUUUUAAACAAGCUUAGAUCUCAAGGCUUAUAG